AUGCAAUUCUUAUGGGCUCAUGUUCAUGUUCGGAGAGCUGUCCAUGACGAGGACAAUGAUGCUCCUUUUCAUGAAAAAGACAGUAAAAGAGAUUUAUCUUAUGGUCAUGGCAUUCCUACUGUACGAAAAAGCAAGCUGCUGAUAGUGGAUCUUGCCGGAUCUGAGAGAUUAGACAAAUCUGGCAGUGAAGGCCGCUUGCUUGAAGAGGCUAAGUUUAUUAAUCUUUCUCUUACUUCCCUGGGGAAAUGUAUAAAUGCAUUGGCUGAAAAUAGUCCUCACAUUCCUAUUAGAGAUUCUAAACUAACGAGACUGCUUCGUGAUUCAUUUGGAGGCUUAGCUCGGACAUCACUUAUUGUAACAAUUGGGCCGUCUUCUCGACAUCAUGCUGAAACCUCGAGCACCAUAAUGUUUGGACAACGGGCCAUGAAAGUUGUAAACGUGUUAAAGCUUAAGGAAGAAUUUGAUUAUGAAAGUUUUUGUUGGAAGCUUGAGAAUCAGGUGGAGCAUCUAACUGUGGAGAUUGAUAGACAACAAAAGUUGAGGGACAAUGACAGAGUUGAAAUGGAAAAAAACCUCAGAGAGUGUCAAAAAUCAUUUGUUGACGCUGAAAAGAGUUUAGUUACAAGGUCUGAGUUUCUAGCAAAAGAGAAUGGUCGUCUGGAAAUAAAGAUGAAGGGUAUACUAGAUGAACUGAAGUGUCUAAAAGAUUAUAAUGAUUUUAUGCAUGAUGAAGUUGAACGCUUAGAAAUGAGUCUAAAACACAGCAAGCAAUACCAGCUCGACAGUUCUACGUAUCAGAAAGUACUUGCAGAUACCACCCAGAUGUAUGAGAAGAAGAUAGCAGAGUUGAUGAAGCAAUUAGAGGAGCAGCAGGCUCACUCUGAAAGUGUUGAAGAACAGUUAGAUGUGAUGAAGAAGUUGCUGAGUCAUCAUCAAAAGUCAAUGCAGAUUCAGGGGCAAAAGGUGAUUGAUGAGCUCAGGCUGAAACUACAAGAAAGUCAUCAGCUGCAUCAAAAGACUGUGAAUGAACUAGACUCUUUGAAAGCAGAAUAUAAAGUUCAAUUGACAGACAAGGCAACAUUGAAGGAAGAACUUAAUGCUGUGAGGCAGAGCCUUCCAAUUGAGGAAAAACAAAGGAAAGCUUUUGAAACUGAGCUUCUCAAAUCAAAGAUGCUUGUGCCUGAAAAUCAUGAUGACUUUAAGGACAAGAAAUCAUACAUGAAAGAGAAUAUGAUUAAACCACUGGGUUUACAUAAAUCAAACCAAUCAAGGGAAACAAUUUCCGGUCAAAGGGCCACAAUUGCAAAGAUUUGAGAAGAAG